AUGGUUCCGAUUCCAACAGCUGCCAGCUCCCAUGUCCAACCAGUUGUGUCGGCCAACAUACACCAUCCUCUGCACUCUCUCGAGGGGUCCACGAGCCUAGUCACCGGCGGUGCACGAGGGAUCGGGCUCAGCCUUGCGUCGGCGCUGGUCUCGGUAGGCUCGCACCUUGUCGUUCUCGAUAUCCUUCCCUCGCCAGCCGACAGUCACGGCGAGGACGAAUGGGUGCAGCUCCUCAAGCAAGCCUCGCAAGCCGGUCUGCAAGUCGAAUACAUUCACGCCGACAUCACAGACGAGGAUGCGAUGAUCAAGACGUUUGCUCGCGUCGCUUCCGAAUGCAUUGCCGACGGACGAGGUCCGCUCAAGACGGUGGUUCACGCCGCAGCCAUCAUGAAGCAGGGCAAGAUCCUCGACUUCUCGGCUGCCGAAGUGGAUCGCAUCAUGAACGUCAACGUCACCGGCACCUUCAUCAUCACCAAGGCCGCCGCUCUCGCCAUGAAGCAACACACAACCGGCGGCAGCAUCGUGCUCAUGGCCUCGAUCUCUGGAUUCAUCGCCAACCGUGGCCUAUUCUGCUCGGCGUACAACUCGUCCAAGGCGGCGGUGCACCAGUUUUGCCGUUCGGCCUCCGUCGAGCUGGCAGAAUACGGCGUGAGAGUCAACACCAUCUCGCCCGGCUACAUCCGGAGCAAGAUGACCGACGGCCUACUUCUCGGCCAGACCGAGCUGAGGGACAGAUGGGAAGGCGACAAUGCCCUGCAGCGGAUGGGCGGCCCGGAAGAAAUCCAGGGCGCCGUGCUCUACUUUGCAACUCCAGCUAGCUCCUACACGACGGGCACCGACAUUCGUAUCGAUGGAGGUCACUGUGCGUGGUAG